UUGCCCAACGAGGAGGAUGCAGCGGAGAGUCCAGAGGUAGCAGCUGAUGCUCCACCUCCGUACAGCAGCAUCACUGUGGACAGCUCUGCUUACUUUGACUACAAGGACGAAGGGGCUUUCCCCAAGCCUCCAUCAUACAACGUCGCAACUACGCUGCCUUCCUAUGACGAAGCAGAAAGAACGAAGGUUGAGGCCUCUGCUCCCUUGGUAACAGGAAGAGAUGAGGACUUUGUAACCAGAGAUGACUUUGAAGAUGCCGAUCAGCUGAGGAUAGGAAACGAUGGGAUCUUCAUGCUCACUUUCUUCAUGGCAUUCCUGUUCAACUGGAUCGGCUUCUUCCUGUCCUUCUGCCUGACCACCUCAGCAGCUGGACGCUACGGGGCCAUCUCAGGCUUCGGCCUCUCCCUCAUCAAAUGGAUCCUCAUAGUCAGGUUCUCCACAUACUUCCCUGGCUACUUUGAUGGACAGUACUGGCUGUGGUGGGUGUUCCUGGUGCUGGGCUUCUUACUCUUCCUCCGAGGAUUCAUCAAUUAUGCCAGAAUCCGCAAGAUGGCAGACACCUUCUCUACUCUGCCCCGCACCCGCGUCCUCUUCAUCUACUGA